AUGGGUGGCUGCUUCUCGCUCGAGGAGCAGCGGCUCCAGAGCAGGACAGGCACUUCGGCUGAAGCUGGUGGACCAGAUGGGUUGAGGAAGUGCAAAUCUGAUUCUAAAGCUAUUUCAAGUGUUCUUGCUCCUCCGAAAGAUGUGGAGGACCUGCAAACAGAAGGAUAUGGAAAUGUCAAUAUUUUCACAUACAACGAACUGCGAGCAGCCACAAAGAACUUUCGGCCUGAUCAGAUUCUUGGGGAGGGUGGGUUUGGAGUUGUUUACAAAGGCGUCAUCGAUGAAAAUGUUAGAAUAGGUUUUCCAUCCAGACAGGUUGCUGUGAAAGAACUGAACCCAGAGGGUUUUCAGGGAGACAAGGAAUGGUUGGCAGAAGUCAACUAUCUUGGGCAACUUAGUCAUGCAAAUCUAGUCGAACUGAUUGGCUAUUGCUGCGAGGGUUCCCAUAGAUUACUUGUCUAUGAGUACAUGGCUUGUGGCAGCCUUGAAAAGCACCUUUUUCGACGGGUUUGCCUUAAUAUGCCAUGGUCAACUCGCAUGAAGAUUGCACUCGGUGCAGCAAGGGGGCUUGAGUAUCUCCACGGAGCUGAGAGAUCCAUCAUCUAUAGGGAUUUCAAGACAUCAAACAUCUUGCUAGACGCGGAUUAUAAUGCUAAGCUUUCAGACUUUGGCCUAGCAAGAACUGGACCUAGUGGAGACCAAACUCAUGUCUCAACUCGGGUCAUGGGAACUUAUGGCUAUGCAGCUCCUGAAUAUGUGAUGACUGGCCAUUUGACAGCACGGAGUGAUGUUUAUGGGUUUGGUGUUGUACUUCUCGAGAUGAUUAUUGGGAGGAGGGCUGUGGACAAGAGCCGGCCGAGCCGUGAGCAUAACCUAGUUGAGUGGGCACGCCCCCUCCUUGUCCACAACCGGAAGCUCUUCAGAAUCAUUGAUCCUAGAAUGGAAGGCCAAUACUCCACCAAGGCUGCCAUUGAAGUGGCCAGCCUUUGCUACCGAUGCUUGAGCCAGAACCCUAAAGGGCGGCCUACUAUGAGCCGGGUUGUUGAAACCUUUGAGGAGGUUCAAAGCAUGCCAGAAUGCCAGGACAUACUCCUGCAGAAUUGUAUGACCGGAUCUGUGACGCUCUACGAGGUCCCAAAGGAACCUGCUGAGCAUGUUGAGACAGAGAAGGCGAAGCAAGAACCAACAGCAAAGACUGAUGCCGUGGCUGUGGCCGUGGCCGUGCCACCGACGAAUGGGAAGCCAGUGCCCCAGAGCAGGAGGACGCGGCCAGCGAACGGCAGGAGCAAGAGCGAGCCGCCUCUGGAGUGCAAGCUGUACAUCCCUUCGCCUGACUCCGACGGGCAUCAGCUGGGGCUGGAAGCCCUGGCAUCACCCCCUUCCAGAAACAGCAGCAGGGAUGAUCCUCCUCCGGUGGACGAAGAUCUGUACAAGAUAUAA